UGACCGACCACCAGAGCGCGCGGGAGAGAUAGCGAGACUAGACUCUAGAGAGGUAAUGCUAAGCGCGUUGGUACACGCUCCCACCCUGUGUUCUCCUUCCGGUUCGCCUCCCAACCCUUUGUCCAAGAACAUCGUCACACGCGCCUCCAUGGCCACCGCCUCAGCUCGUAGCUCAGCUCGAAUAGCAAUUGUCGGCGACGUCCAUGAUCAGUGGAAUCUAGAAGAAGAUACGAAGGCACUUGAACUGCUGCAGCCCGAUUUGGUUCUUUUUACAGGUGAUUUUGGUGAAGAGAACGUUGAACUCGUUCAGAGCGUUGCAGAGCUCAGAUUUGAUAAAGCAGUUAUUCUGGGAAACCAUGAUGCCUGGCAUACAAAACAGUUUUCUGGAAAGAAAAAAGAUGGCGUUCAACUUCAGCUAGAAUGUCUCGGCGAGGAGCAUGUAGGUUAUCGGCGUUUGGACUUUCCUGUGGUAAAACUGAGCGUUGUUGGUGGGCGACCGUUUUCUUGUGGGGGAAAGCAGUUGUUUCGGCCAAAGCUUCUGUCUGCAAGGUAUGGGGUCCAAGACAUGGAUGGAAGUGCUAAGAGAAUAUGCAAAGCAGCUUUGGGUGCUCCAGAGGACCAUUUGGUCAUACUUCUUGCACAUAAUGGCCCCACAGGUCUUGGUUCCAACUUGGAUGACAUAUGCGGAAAAGAUUGGGUCUAUGGAGGUGGAGAUCAUGGUGACCCAGAUCUAGCACAAGCCCUGUCCCUCUUAAAAGAGACUGGAAAAAUCUGUGGUCCAUUGAUAGUGUUUGGUCACAUGCAUAAACAGCUAGCAGAUGGAAAUGGUCUUCGGAAAAUGAUAGUGGUUGGAGCUGACAACACUAUAUACCUGAAUGGGGCCAUUGUUCCGAGGGUUAAGAGACUAAAUGAUGAGCAAGGAACUAGCAACAAAAGCUUCGUGAAUAAAGAACCCCAUCUUUCAACACCAGAGUCAAAUGAUGAGCAAGGAACUAGCAACAAAAGCUUCGUGAAUAAAGAACCCCAUCUUUCAACACCAGAGUCCUGUGGCACCAUCCGUGCCUUCACUAUAGUGGAGAUUGUGGACAGAGCAGUAGAUAAAAUUGUUGAAAGUUGGGUUUCAGUUCUUGGCGAUAGGAUCACAUUGGAAGAGGAGCACAUGUUAUUUAACAACGGCCGUUAGAUUUCUCUGGUUUUGAUUUUAGUUUCAUCAUAUUUUAUGUAUGGAAGUAUGUUUUCUGUCCACAAUAUCCUAAGUGAAAGGAAAAUAGUUGUUCAACCCUAUAUGCUACUAGGGUUCCAAACAAAACAAGUUUGUAUCACUUCUAUAAAAUCUUAUUUAUGUC